AUUGUAUAUUUGGGUAUAUUGAGGGCUUUCACACGUCAGUACAGUUUAGUUGUCGCAAAUAGCGCACAACAAUAUCCUACAAUCAACGGAAAUAAUUGACACACCACUAACGUCUAAAAUACAUACAAUAAUGACGACACCGAAUAUACGUCCGUUAUCAGAACACCUACAAGAGGUGGCUAUUAAAGAGUUAAAUGAGAGACCUGAGCGGUUGGCAGAAGAUCUAGAGGCGUUAAAGACCUGGGCUAUCAAGGAGCCACAUUUAAAUGUGCGACUCGAUGACCAAUGGCUGGUAGCAUUCCUGCGCGGCUGCAAGUUCAGUUUAGAGAAGGCGAAGUCGAAAUUGGAUUGGUACUAUACAUUAAAAACCAAAUAUCCGGAUUACUACGCAGUACAAAAUCCGGAUGUACCCAAUUAUAGAGAACUCGUAAAAUAUGGUGUGGGAUUAUCAUUGCCAAUACCAUUAAAUGAGACUGGACCACGCAUUAUAUUUAACCGUUUCGGUAUGUAUCCAGUUGAUAAAUAUACAAUUAAAGAUCUAAUUCCUACAACGAGUGCACACCUGGAGCUAAUUAUGCUCAGUGAUGACACUGCCGUAGUGAAUGGUUUUGUUAAUCUGAUAGACGCUGCCAAAGUGGACGCUGCACAUUUGGCACAAUAUACACUGACUAUUUUAAAGAAGUCGUUGGGUUUUGCCGAGAAAGCUUCCCCAUUGCGCCAAAGCUCAGUACAUUUCUUUAAUGUACCAGCAGGUUUUGAGAAGCUUUACAACAUGCUUAAGCCUCUGCUUCCAGAAAAACAAAAGAAUCGCAUAUUUUUUCACGGCAACAGUUUGGAGACCCUCUAUGCUCAUAUACCAAAAAAAUAUAUGCCCAUACAAUAUGGCGGUGAAAAUGGUUGCCUUGAUGAACUUGAGAAGUCCACAUUCCAACAAUAUCUUGAUCAUCGUGAUUUUUUCAUAGAGGAUGUCAAAUAUCGAAAUAAUGAAGAUUUACGUGUUGGCAAACAACCGGAUUAUGAAAGUUUAUUUGGUAUUGAAGGUUCAUUUCGAAAAAUCGAUUUGUCGCAAAUAGCGCACAACAAUAUCCUACAAUCAACGGAAAUAAUUGACACACCACUAACGUCUAAAAUACCUACAAUAAUGACGACACCGAAUAUACGUCCGUUAUCAGAACACCUACAAGAGGUGGCUAUUAAAAAGUUAAAUGAGAGACCUGAGCGGUUGGCAGAAGAUCUAGAGGCGUUAAAGACCUGGGCAAUAAAAGAGCCACAUUUAAAUGUGCGACUCGAUGACCAAUGGCUGGUAGCAUUACUGCGCGGCUGCAAGUUCAGUUUAGAGAAGGCGAAGUCGAAGUUGGAUUGGUACUAUACAUUAAAAACCAAAUAUCCGGAUUACUACACAGUACAAAAUCCGGAUGUGCCGAAUCUUAGAGAACUCGUAAAAUAUGGUGUGGGAUUAUCAUUGCCAAUACCAUUAAAUGAGACUGGACCACGCAUUAUAUUUAUCCGUGUCGGUAUUUAUCCAAUAGAUAAAUAUAAACUUAAAGAUAUAUUGACUGUAACGUAUGCACAAACAGAGCUAACGAUGCUCAGUGAUGACACUGCAGUGGUAAAUGGUUUUGUUAAUCUGAUAGACGCUGCCAAAGCGAACGCUGCACAUUUGGCACAAUAUACACCGACUAUUUUAAAGAAGUCGUUGUGUUUUGCCGAGAAAGCUUUACCAUUGCGUCAAAGCUCAGUACAUUUCUUUAAUGUACCAGCAGGUUUUGAGAAACCAUACAAUAUGAUUAAGCCUAUGCUUUCAUCCAAACAGAAGGACCGCAUUUUUAUACAUGGCAACAAUUUGGAGACACUCUAUGCUCAUAUACCAAAAAAAUAUAUGCCCAUACAAUAUGGCGGUGAAAAUGGUUGCCUCGAUGAACUUGAGAAGUCCACAUUCCAACAAUAUCUUGAUCAUCGUGAUUUUUUCAUAGAGGAUGUCAAAUAUCGAAAUAAUGAGGAUCUACGUGUUGGCAAACAACCGGAUUAUGAAAGUUCAUUUGGUAUUGAAGGAUCAUUUCGAAAAAUCGAUGUGGACUAGUCGUUUACUAAACAGAUAAUGACUGAAGGUUCACUUUACGGUUUGGAACUUAAGAAAGAAGAACAUGAAUAAAAUAAAAUAAAUAAA